GGCGGCCCCGGCGGGCUGGAGCGCCGCUGGCCGAGCGCAGAGGCCGCGGCCCGCGGAGCCGCCAUGCCGGCGCGGGUCUGAGGCGCGCGAGCCAGGGCCGAGGCAAGCGGCGGCCGCGCCGGCCUGUGGCCCCGCAGCGGCCCGGCCCGGGCCCGAUGAGCGGCGGCCUCGGCCUCCGGCGCAGCCCGGAAAUGUCCGGCAAGAUCGAGAAAGCAGACUCUCAGCGUUCUCAUCUCUCUUCCUUCACCAUGAAGCUGAUGGACAAAUUCCACUCACCUAAAAUCAAGAGGACCCCGUCAAAGAAGGGAAAGCCAGCUGAAGUGUCUGUGAAGAUUCCAGAGAAGCCUGUGAACAAAGAGGCAACAGACAGAUUUCUACCAGAGGGCUACCCUAUCCCCUUGGAUCUGGAGCAGCAGGCAGUAGAAUUUAUGUCCACCAGUGCUGUGGCUUCCAGGUCUCAAAGGCAGAAGAACCUGAGCUGGCUGGAAGAGAAGGAGAAGGAAGUGGUCAGUGCCUUGCGCUACUUUAAGACCAUUGUGGACAAAAUGGCUAUUGACAAGAAGGUACUGGAGAUGCUUCCAGGGUCCGCCAGCAAGGUGCUGGAGGCCAUCUUACCCCUGGUGCAGAGUGACCCUCGGAUUCAGCACAGCUCAGCCCUUUCCUCCUGCUACAGCCGGGUAUACCAAAGCCUCGCCAACCUCAUCCGCUGGUCUGACCAAGUGAUGCUAGAAGGUGUGAACUCAGAAGAUAAAGAGAUGGUGACGUCUGUGAAGGGGGUCAUCAAGGCCGUUCUGGAUGGAGUGAAGGAGCUGGUCAGGCUCACCAUCGAGAAGCAGGGGCAUCCGUCCCCAACAAGCCCAGUGAAACCCAGCUCCCCAGCCUGCAAACCUGACAGCCAGUCCGAGCUCCCCCUGACAGAUCGAGAGAUGGAGAUUCUAAACAAGACAACCAGCCUGUCGCAGUCGGCCGAGCUGCUACCAGACUCUACGGAUGAAGAGGUUGCGCCUCCCAAGCCCCCCUUACCAGGCAUUCGGGUGGUUGAUAAUAGUCCUCCACCAGCCUUGCCACCAAAGAAAAGACAGUCAGCUCCAUCCCCAACCCGCGUCGCCAUCGUGGCCCCCAUGAGUCGGGCCACCAGCGGCUCCAGUUUGCCUGUUGGAAUUAAUAGGCAGGAUUUUGACAUGGACUGUUACGCACAGAGGCGGCUGUCGGGAGGCAGCCACUCAUACGGCGGAGAGUCACCCCGCCUGUCCCCCUGCAGCAGCAUAGGCAAGCUCAGCAAGUCGGACGAGCAGCUGUCCUCUCUGGACAGGGACAGUGGGCAGUGCUCCCGGCACACAAGCUGUGAAACACUCGAUCACUAUGAUCCUGACUACGAGUUCCUUCAGCAAGACCUCUCCAACGCGGACCAGAUACCUCAGCAAGUGGCCUGCAACCUCAGCCCUUUGCCGGAGUCCUCGGGAGAGUCUGGGGCUCCGUUUCUUGGCCACCCUUUCCAGUUGCCUCUAGGCAGCUGUCCCCAGCCAGAGGGGCCCUUGGCCCCAGGGCAGCAGCCAGACAUGCCACCUGCCCUUCCCGAGAAGAAGCGCAGGAGUGCGGCCUCCCAGACCAUGGACAGCUCCAGCUGCAGGGUGUCGUAUGAGCGGCACCCCUCACAGUAUGACAACAUCUCCGAGGAUGACCUGCCGACCCCCGCCGUAGUCCAGCCCGCCCCCUUCACACCCUUUGCUGCUCUUCUCCCCUUGCCGCAAGCGGGCUCCUCAGCCUCUGUCGGAUUUGGGGGUGAUUUCACUGCUCCUGGAUCAACGGGUGACUCAGAAAAACCACCUCCUCUACCAGAGAAGAAAAACAAAAACAUGCUGGCUUACAUGCAGCUGCUCGAGGACUACUCGGAGCCCCAGCCUUCCGUGUUCUACCAGACGCCGCAGAACGAGCAUAUCUACCAGCAGAAGAACAAGCACCUCAUGGAGGUGUACGGCUUCAACGACUCCUUCAGCAGUGGAGAUGCCCUGCAGGAGCUGGCCCCACCCCCCGCCCUGCCCCCCAAGCAGCGGCAGCUGGCCUCCUAUGCUGCUUCUUCCUUCUCCUCUGUCUCCUACUGUGUCCAGCAAACUAAAGUGGCCUUCACCCCCGCGGACAGCAGUGCCUCUCAGGGCAUCAGUGUGUCCAUCUCUAACUCCUUUCUCAGCCGGCACGGCAACUUACCUGUGCCCUCGUAUAAGUCUGUGUUUAGGUCCUACUCCCAGGACUUCGUGCCUCACAGCCAAGCUUCCGCUCGGCCUUUCCUCCCGCCCACCUCCUCUUCCUCUGCACAUUUCCCACCUGUGCACCAGUCUCAGAGCUCUGACUUAGCGGUGCCGACCGUAGCCAGCCCGCCGCCCAGCGCCGCGGACGGGCCUCUUUCAUCUUCUCAGGAGAGCGCCUUGCAUGGGGACACUGUCUGCCUUCCUUCCGAAACCUCUUUCACUGACUCGCCCCAGACGCCUUCGAGCGAGAUCGCCAGUGAGGAAGCUGGGGAGGGUGAAUACGUCAAUCUGUACUCCUCUGGCCAGAGCAGCGAGGAGCUGGCCCCCUCUCGAGGAGAAUCACCAGCCGUGAGAGCUGGGCAUCCCGGAGGCCCCUCGUCAGCCAGCAGUGCAUCUGGGAAGGAAAGCAGAGACGGCGGGGAAAGGGCCCCAAAGUCACCAGAUGCCCCAGAGUCAGCUCAGUUGGAGGAGGAAGUGGAUGAGCUGUCCCUCAUCGACCACAGUGAAAUCAUGGCGCGGCUGACGCUCAAGCAGGAGGGUGAUGACGGGCCAGACGUCCGCGGGGGAUCUGGGGAUAUCCUCCUGGUCCAUGCCACCGAGACAGACAGGAAAGACCUUGUGUUGUACUGUGAGGCCUUCCUGACCACCUACAGGACCUUCAUCACCCCUGAGGAGCUCAUCAAGAAGCUGCAGUACAGGUACGAGAAGUUCUCUCCCUUCUCCGACACCUUCAAGAAGCGUGUCAGCAAGAACACAUUCUUCGUGCUGGUGCGGGUGGUGGAUGAACUCUGCCUAGUGGAGCUGACAGAAGAGAUCUUGAAGCUGCUCAUGGAACUGGUCUUCCGCCUGGUGUGCAACGGGGAGCUCAGCCUGGCCCGCGUGCUCCGCAAGAACAUCCUAGACAAGGUGGACCAGAAGAAGCUGCUCAAGUGCGCCAACUCUGACCAGCCCCUGGCCGCCAGGGGGGUGGCCGCCAGGCCGGGGACCUUGCAUGACUUUCACAGCCAUGAAAUAGCUGAGCAGCUGACCCUGCUAGAUGCUGAGCUCUUUUAUAAGAUAGAGAUUCCAGAGGUUUUACUUUGGGCAAAAGAGCAGAAUGAGGAGAAGAGCCCCAACUUGACCCAGUUCACAGAGCACUUCAACAACAUGUCCUACUGGGUCCGGUCGAUAAUCAUGCUGCAGGAAAAGGCGCAGGACAGGGAACGGCUGCUCCUGAAGUUCAUCAAGAUCAUGAAGCACUUACGGAAGCUGAACAACUUCAACUCCUACCUGGCCAUCCUCUCGGCCCUGGACUCUGCGCCCAUCCGCAGGCUGGAGUGGCAGAAGCAGACCUCGGAGGGCCUGGCUGAGUACUGCACACUGAUCGACAGCUCGUCCUCCUUCCGAGCCUACCGGGCCGCCCUGUCGGAGGUGGAGCCGCCGUGCAUCCCAUACCUGGGACUCAUCCUGCAGGACCUCACCUUCGUUCACCUGGGGAACCCUGACCACAUCGACGGGAAGGUGAACUUCUCCAAGCGGUGGCAGCAGUUCAACAUCCUCGACAGCAUGCGGUGCUUCCAGCAGGCGCAUUAUGACAUCCGGAGAAACGACGACAUCAUAAACUUCUUCAAUGACUUCAGUGACCACCUGGCCGAGGAGGCCCUAUGGGAACUCUCUCUGAAAAUCAAACCCAGGAACAUAACAAGGAGAAAAACAGACCGGGAAGAGAAGACCUAGACUCAGGUGCCGCGAGCCGGGAGAACGCUCAGGAAGGCUCGGAGGGCAGCUCGCGGCCAUGAGGGAUGCCAGACCUGUCGCGCACGGUGCCCGCCCCCCGGGGCAGGCUGCAGGCGUCGCCUCAGAGCCACAGGCCCGGCCCGGCCUCCGCGGCACGGGGCAGGAGCCCAGAGCCCGCAGCAGCUCCCUGCCUCCCUCCUCCCCGGGAGCGGCCCCCGGGGCUGCAGCGGAGCCAGCAGGCAGGCCUCACGCUGACCUCUGACCCAGUGGUUUUCUGUUUGGGGUUUGGUUUCUGCUUUGACGUCUCUGUUCCCCUUGCUCCUUCCACCCACAGCCUGGGAACAGGGGUCUUCACCUCUCCCCAGGUUCCAGGGUCCUGAAUCUGCUGAAAUGACAAUUGAGUGGAGACCUGAAGACCCGGGCGGGGCUGCACUCCCAGUGACCUGGGGUGAAGGGGACAUUAGCUGGGUGGGCAGAAAGCAAGAUGCCCCAGGGGCUCCUCUGGCUUCCCGGGUCCUGCUUUUUAAAUGGAGGCCGAGGUAAGCUUUUUACCUGGCCUGGAAAGGUACGACCGACGGCCCCCCAGCGCCCUGGAGCUUGCGCUCCUGUCCCGGUACUGGCCCUCCCCGGCAUUGGGCACCAUGUGGAGCUGGGAGGGAGAGGGUAGAGCAAGCCAGGGCUUUACCACCCGAGAGCCGCGAUGAACCUGCGCUGGGCCCGCAGCUCUCAGAGAGGGGGGAGCGGGGGGCCUUUUGGUCCCGGACUGGCCCAGCAGCCUCCUCUGUCACUUGCUGUGUGCCUUAAACACCGCGUCUGCAGCUCCCUUCCUGCCUUGCUCUGUCCCAGCAGACCUGCCAGUGCCAGAGCCAAGCUGUCCCCCUGGAAGGGCGGGACCACCCUGAGGGCACGGGUCUGGCCCACCCCUCCCCUGCCCACCCUGGCAGGCUUGCUUCCUCCUCUGAGAAGCAUCUUCAGGAGGAGGUGCGCCUUCCAGCCUCCUUGUCCAGAGCCACUCUCGCUGCUGCGCUUGACAGUCUGAGGCCAGGUCUGUUGGGGGGGUGGCUCAGCACACUGAGGGGCUGGGCUCCGUGCCACUCAAGGUGGGCGAGGACCUGGCAGAGUGGGGACAGCUACACCCAUGCCUGUUUUCCCUGAUUGAGUGCUCGCUUCUCCUGGGUUUGGAUGGCCAAGCAAACACCAGGGUAUGUGUAGAGAGAGCAAGAAAAGGCAGAAAGCAACAUCUGUUGAUUAGAUUUUUCUUAAAGAAACAACCAUGUCACUUUGAGUCCUUCAUGGGUUUUGAGCAGCUUUUAUCAUGAAGAAAAUUUGGGUUUUUUUUUUCCUCUUUUGUUGUCCUGUACAUAGAGGGGGGAAUCUGUGAAAUGUCAGUGACCAUCCCCGGGCAGUGGUCCUGCUGGCGGCGGGCGGGUCGUAUCACUUCAUUAUUUAAGAGUGUGUGUGGUCGCUGUGAUGAACAGUACCGUGGGGGGGGGGUUCGUACCCGCUUCUUGAAGUCCUCUCAUUUCAGCCUUUUCCUCUUCCUCCUCGUCUUCCCUCGCGCCCUGGCCCAGCUCUGCUGGACGCUGCUGUGGGCACGCAGGGCUGUGGACAGCGGCGCCUAGAGCCUCCCCUCUGCAGAGGCCCAGGCACAUGCGCUGUGUGUCAGCCUCAGAAACCCAGCUGCUCGUAGCGGGGGGAUGCGUGUCUGUGCGUCUGUUCACAAGAACGGGGCAGGGUUGGGGCAGGAGCUCCACCGGGACUCAGCUCUUCCCUCCGGGACCCCCAGUGGGGUCUGAGCAGACACGCCGGGCAGGCGGUGCAGGGGGCGCUGCGUGAGGACAGCAAGUGCAAUGUGUGGUUAACUUACUGGCUGACAGGCUUUUCCCACCCUGCACCUCGCGACACUGCGGCUCAGGGAGUCGUCAGACGCGAGCCGCUGCAGCCCGGCUGUGCCCUGUCAGCCUUGGGGGCAGGUGCGGGAAUGGAGCGUUAGACGGGCCCGCCCAUCAGGGCCUCCUGGCUCCCUGCGGCUGGGGGUGGGGCCGACGUCUGCGCUGAACCCGCUGCUGCCCAGAUUCCCCAAUGUUACGUUGUAAUAUAUCCCCCGACUAACCGACCUGAUAGUGGCAUCUUCCUGCAGACAUUUCAAACCUGUAACUUUUAUAUGAAAGAAAAUAAACAACAGAUAAAAGCUGUG